CCCGCUCCCUCCCUUCGUUCUCGCUUAGCGGACUGAGGAUUUGCCGUUGGGUUUUGGUAUAUGUUUGGGAGCAAGCAGACUGAAUCGGCGCCGAUCGAAACUAUGCCUGUUCCAGACCAGCCCUCGUCUUCUGACAAGACAAGUUCCCUUAGUCCUGUGUUGAACACAUCCAAUGGUGAUGGCUCUGAAACUGAGACAACCUCUGCCAUUCUAGCUUCAGUCAAAGAACAGGAACUGCAGUUUGAGAGACUGACUCGAGAACUUGAGGCUGAACGUCAGAUUGUAGCAAGCCAGCUGGAGAGAUGUAAGCUUGGAUCAGAAACUGGAAGCAUGAGCAGCAUUAGUUCAACAGAAGAGCAGUUUCAUUGGCAAACACAAGAUGGUCAGAAGGAUAUAGAAGAUGAACUCACCACUGGUCUGGAGCUGGUGGACUCCUGUAUUAGAUCACUGCAGGAAUCAGGGAUACUUGAUCCACAGGACUAUUCAGCCAGUGAAAGGCCCAGCCUCCUCUCCCAGAGUGCACUCCAGCUCAAUUCCAAACCUGAAGGAUCCUUCCAGUACUCAGCCAGCUACCACAGCAACCAGACCCUGGCCCUGGGUGAAACAGCAUCUGCCCAGCUCCCAUCCCGCAGCAGUCAGGCCAGAGGUGCCAUCCAGAGCUACAGCCAGUUAAGCUCCACCAUCGGCACUUACGCCACCCUGUCGCCUACCAAGCGGCUGGUUCACGCUGCCGAUCAGUACAGCAAGCACUCCCAGGAGCUGUACGCCACCGCCACCCUGCAGAGACCCGGCUCCCUCGCAGCUGGGUCUCGGGCAUCUUACAGCAGCCAGCACAGCCACCUUGGCUCCGAGUUAAGGGCACUGCAGUCUCCAGAACACCAUAUAGAUCCUAUUUACGAAGACAGAGUUUAUCAGAAGCCCCCUAUGAGGAGUCUCAGCCAGAGUCAGGGGGACCCUCUGCAACCAGCACACACAGGCACAUAUCGCACUAGUACAGCCCCAUCUUCCCCUGGUGUCGACUCCGUACCCUUACAGCGCACAGGCAGUCAACACGGCACACAGAACGCAACCGCGACCUUCCAGAGGGCCAGCUAUGCGGCCGGCCCCGCCUCCAAUUACGCAGACCCCUACCGACAGCUGCAGUAUUGUCCUUCUGUUGAAUCUCCAUACAGCAAAUCUGGGCCAGCCAUCCCACCCGAAGGGACCUUGGCUAGGUCACCUUCCAUUGAUAGCAUUCAGAAAGAUCCCAGAGAGUUUGGAUGGCGGGAUCCAGAGCUUCCAGAAGUUAUACAGAUGUUACAGCAUCAAUUUCCCUCAGUACAGUCCAAUGCUGCAGCCUACUUACAACACCUCUGUUUUGGAGACAAUAAAAUAAAAGCAGAGAUAAGAAGACAAGGCGGAAUACAAUUACUGGUGGACCUAUUGGACCAUCGGAUGACAGAAGUCCACCGUAGUGCCUGUGGAGCCUUGAGGAACUUGGUAUAUGGGAAGGCAAACGAUGACAACAAAAUAGCUCUGAAAAACUGUGGUGGUAUCCCAGCAUUAGUACGGUUACUCCGCAAGACUACAGAUUUGGAAAUCAGAGAACUGGUCACAGGAGUUCUCUGGAAUCUAUCCUCCUGUGAUGCACUGAAAAUGCCAAUCAUCCAGGAUGCCCUAGCAGUGUUGACCAAUGCAGUGAUCAUCCCUCACUCUGGAUGGGAAAACUCUCCACUCCAGGAUGAUCAUAAAAUACAACUCCAUUCAUCACAGGUGCUGCGCAAUGCCACUGGGUGCCUAAGGAAUGUCAGCUCUGCUGGAGAGGAGGCCCGCAGAAGAAUGAGGGAGUGUGAUGGCCUGACAGAUGCAUUGCUGUACGUGAUCCAGUCUGCUCUGGGGAGCAGUGAAAUUGAUAGUAAGACCGUUGAAAACUGUGUGUGCAUUUUGAGGAACCUCUCAUACAGGCUAGCUGCAGAAACAUCUCAGGGACAGCAGAUGGGAACAGAUGAACUUGAUGGAUUACUCUGUGGUGAUGCCAAUGGAAAAGACGCAGAGAGUUCAGGGUGCUGGGGGAAGAAGAAGAAGAAAAAGAAAUCACAAGAUCAGUGGGAUGGCGUAGGACCUCUCCCAGACUGUGCAGAACCACCCAAAGGAAUCCAGAUGCUGUGGCACCCUUCAAUAGUCAAACCCUACCUCACACUUCUUUCUGAGUGCUCAAAUCCAGACACGCUGGAGGGGGCAGCAGGGGCACUGCAGAACUUGGCUGCUGGGAGUUGGAAGUGGUCAGUGUACAUCCGUGCUGCUGUCCGCAAGGAGAAAGGAUUGCCAAUACUGGUGGAGCUGCUCCGGAUAGACAAUGACCGGGUGGUAUGUGCAGUUGCUACAGCUUUACGAAACAUGGCCUUAGAUGUCAGAAAUAAAGAGCUAAUAGGCAAGUAUGCCAUGAGGGAUCUGGUCCACCGACUGCCAGGCGCUAACAACAGCAACAGCUCAGCAAGCAAGGCCAUGUCUGAUGACACCGUCACUGCCAUUUGCUGCACUCUGCAUGAAGUCAUCACUAAAAACAUGGAGAAUGCCAAGGCCUUACGAGACGCAGGCGGCAUUGAGAAACUGGUUGGCAUAUCUAAGAGUAAAGGAGACAAGCAUUCGCCUAAAGUGGUGAAAGCAGCAUCUCAGGUCCUCAAUAGUAUGUGGCAGUACAGAGACCUGAGAAGUCUCUACAAGAAGGAUGGAUGGUCACAGUAUCACUUUGUAGCCUCAUCUUCAACAAUAGAGCGGGACCGGCAAAGACCGUACUCCUCAUCCCGCACGCCCUCCAUCUCUCCCGUGCGCAUGUCUCCGAACAACCGCUCAGCAAGUGCCCCAGCCUCACCUCGGGAAAUGAUCAGCCUAAAAGAAAGAAAAACAGACUAUGAAUCAACUGGAACUAACGCCACUUACCAUGGAAGUAAGGGAGAACACACUUCUAGGAAGGACACCAUGACAGCUCAGAACACUGGAAUCUCAACUCUGUACAGGAAUUCGUAUGGUGCACCUGCUGAAGAUAUCAAACAUAACCAGGUUUCAACACAGCCAGUUCCACAGGAGCCCAGCAGAAAAGAUUAUGAACCAUAUCAGUCAUUUCAGAAUUCAACAAGAAACUAUGACGAGUCCUUCUUUGAGGACCAAGUGCAUCAUCGUCCACCUGCAAGCGAAUACAACAUGCACCUGGGACUAAAGUCAACUGGCAACUACGUCGACUUCUACUCAGCUGCUCGUCCCUAUAGUGAACUUAACUAUGAAACAAGCCACUAUCCAGCCUCUCCCGACUCCUGGGUUUGAGACUUGGGCAGAUACAAAAGCUCCAGGAACUGUGCAUGUGCAUGCAUACCACGAGACAUUUUUUUUCCUGCAAAUUUAGUUUGUUAAAGCCUGUUCCAUAGGAAGGCACAGAUAACCAGUAUGGAAAAAAUUAAGAGAUUUUUUUUAGAAGGCUGAAAGAUAUGAAAGCUAAACCUGGGAGUAAUUAGAAAGAAAUAUAUAUAUACAUAUAUAUAUUUUACAGUGUGGGGCAACUUUACUGUUGGCCUGUAGAGUCUAAAGUUCAGUGCUGUAUAUUGAACGUGGCUGAAGGAAGGAGGAAGAACAUGACAGUGGAUCUGGGUCAAGAGUUAAGCACAAGUUACUGAGCAGCGUACAUACUUUAUGGGGAACAGCUUCUCACACUUUGUUUAAUAUCCUCAUUCAUUGUGAAUCUAGGCUUCAAGUUGCAUUUGGGGUUUCCUCUGUACAGCAAGAUGUUUCUUGCCUUUUGUUAAUGCAUUGUUGUAAAGUAUUUGAUGUACAUUACAGAUAAAAAGAAAAAGGUGCAUUGUGUAUAUUACACCAAUGCCACAGUGUUUCUUCAUCUAUGGUUCUAAAUAUUGCUUCAAUUUCAAAUUUUGAAAGAUGUAUGAAUUUCCAGUUUUUUUGUUUUCUUUA